AAAAAACAAAAACAAAACAAAAAAAGAAUGGCUAGAUAGUCAAAGGAAAUCCAAAGAAUUCAGGGCUCUACCAUUCCAUCAAGGUAAGUCUAGUGUAGGCAGAAUUUUCCUGUCCUGACUGCUGGCUCCCAAAUAACCACAAAGAGGCUUAAUAUUAUAAAUGCUUGGCCAAUAGCUCAGGCUUACUUACAACUUAAAUUAUCCAUUUCUAUUAAUCUAUAUAUUGUCAUGUGGCUCAUGGCUUUACCUAUUCUCCAGCAUGUCUUACUCCCUCUGAGUCUGCUGGUGUCUCUCCUCACUCUGCCUUUCUUCUUCCCAUCAUCCUCAGUUUGAUUGUCCCACCUAUAUUUCCUGCCUGGCUAUCAGCCAAUCAGCUUUUUAUUAAACCCAUCUGAGUGACAAAUCUUCACAGUGUACAAAAGGAUUAUUCUACAGCAGUCUAGUAAUAUCAUGUAUUAGGAAGAGAGGAGAAUCUAAUAAUAUCAAAAGGUAGACCAGCAAACGAAGAGCAUGUGGAUAGGACAGGGUCUCCAGGGACCAAUAAGAUCACUGUUUGUGGAGUCAGUGAGGUGGUAGGGACCUGGAUUCAAACCUGACUGUUAUUAGUUAUGUAGCCUUGGGGAAAGGGCUGUUUGGCUUCCGUUCUGAAGCUGUAAAAUACAGGUAACAUCUCCCUCAGAGAUGCCCACCUUUUUGUAGAUCUUCAGUAAGAAUUGAUUCCUUCUUCUGUUUUACCCCUAGAAACUUAACUACACAUUUGUUUUGACACAGUAUUAGUAUCAUCAACUAGUGCUAUCCCUGUGAUAUCACGGGUGUUGUGCCAGUUAGCUGUUAGGACAUACCUGUGCUCUGGGCAUUCAGAGAGCUGGGCACCCACCUGUGUACAUCUUUGGGUGCAGAGAGAGCACUAGGAACUAGGUAUAGACGUAAUGUUCCAUUCUUCAUCACACUGGAUUUUUUCCUUUCAGAAAAAUGAACUACAGCUACUGAAGUGAAUAUCUUCAGAGGUAUCUUUUUAGGGACAUCUUCCUGCACUGUUUCCAACUGCAUAGAUCUCAAUGUAAAGUAUUAAUAAUAAAUCACAAGAUAAUUUUUUUAAUUCCAUUUUAUUGAGGCAGGGUCUCAUGUGGUCCAGUCUGACCUCAAACUCAUUAGAUAUUCCAGGCUAAUUUUGAAUUUUUGAUUCUCUUAACAGUGCUAGGAGUACAAACAUCAAUUAAAGACAAAUUUAUGUAGUUCUGCUGAACACUAGCCUGGGCAAACACUACCAACUGAACUAUAUGGCCUAGCCCUAAUUCUUUAAGAUUAUUUUGUAUUUACUUACUUAAAUUUUUGAGACAUUGGCCUUCUGGGAAAUUUUGGAUCUGCUAAAAAUGGCCCCAUUCUCCUCCUGUCCACUGUUGUUUUAAAAAUCACAUAAAAUAGAAAAAAUGUCAUUUCUCCUGCCACUUGAGAAGUCUUACUCUGUCUGCCACCUGACCUAUUUCCUCUGGGAGAUGAUGCAAUUCAAGGCUUGGCUUAAACUACUCGGAAAGGCUGAACUGUGCAGUGAAGAGGAACGGACAGUUUUGUUUCCAGACCUGAGAUUCCCAACUUAAGUCUCUUUAGAAAUGAUCUUUUCUAUUUCUAGCUAGUACACUGUUCCAUUUCUUAACGACAGUGAGCAUGUUUUCCGAGGCAAAAGAAGGAGACAAGACAUUUAAUAAGGGAGUCCCCUAGGGAACAGGCAACUAUGCUAAAUAGAAAUUGUUACAGGAAUCCCAGUGUCUGGGGUCCCAUAGCCACUAAAAGUGAUUACAUAACAGAGCUAUGAUCUCAUCCUACUUUUGGGAUGGAAACUGUUAAAUAUUUGAACACAGUAACCGAGGCCCUAAAUCGUCCAGGGAAAGACAGCAAAAGCUCUGCAGGCAGGUUCCCAGGCCCUUAGGCAGUAGUCAGUGGGCCCGGCCCACCGCCAGGGAGGCUGAUGAGAACUCAGGUUCCCAGCAGAGAAUUAGCGCGCCUGCGCGUUGGCCUUUCUAGAGUUCCAGGGGAAAAGGGUGAGCGUUUGAGUGUCCAUGGUAACCCGACGCUUCCGCCUUCUGCAAGCUUACAAUCCAUAGCUUGUUGUGAGAUACCCGGCCCGGUGGGAGGGACCUGGGCUGCGGGGACUGAUGGGGUAACCAAGGGGUGGGGGGCCAGGGAAGCUUCUGGAAAACACUCGCCUUGAUGUAAACUAAAAUAAUUGGUUCAAGGCUCAGCACAAAAGGAUCUUGUCUUUCCGGCGCUUUCGCCCACACGGGGAAGGAUGCCUCUGGAGGUGGUGGUGGAGCUCCAAAUCCGGGCGAUUUCUUGCCCGGGAGUGUUCCUGCCGGACAAGGAAGGUGUAUACCUUGGAGUCUACCUCCUGAAUCAGUACCUGGAGACAAACUGCUUUCCCUCUGUGUUCCCUAUUGCGAUUCAACAGAGCAUGAGAUUUGAAAAGACAUUUGAAAAUGCAAUAGAUCCUGGAGCUGUUGCAGAAAUUUUAGAAAGCUUCCUAACCAGGUUUGAAUUGAUACAGCUAGUGUCUCCAGUAUGGGAAGAGCUGGCCUACUAUGAAGAAAACACACGUGACUUUCUAUUCCCCGAGCCCAAGCUGACAUCCUCACACCUUGGCAUGCAUAGAGAGGUGCUCAUGAAGACAGCAAUAGGUUUUCCAGGCAUUGCUCCCAAACUAGAGUUUUCUACAAGGACAGCCAUCCGAGAAUGUGUGUUCCCGCAUAAAAACAGAUUUUUUGAAGAGAAGUGUAAAUCACAAAGACUUUUAUCGAAAUCACAUGGGCAAAGAGCUCCCACAAAUAACAGAAAAGCAAAGCCCAAGGAGAAAAGUCCUGACCGAUUUCCCAAAGGCACACAGUCCCGGGUAACCUCCCCAUCUCCCCCCAGACGUCUCUACCUGCACCAGCCGACUCAGCUGAACCUUGGGAAAAGCUUCAGGCUCCCUGGAGAAAGAAAGCCUCCGUUUGUGGUUAGACAUGUGGACAGUGGAAACCCCUUUGGUGAAAACAGUUUGACACGUUUACAGAAGUCCAGAAGAAAAUCUAAGUUUUUGGACUUUGCUUUUCCAAUGAGAAAAGCAUCUUCUCUUGACAGCCUUGCACCAAACAUCAAGGUUACCAGAGAGCCAGAUGAGCGAAUUGUUUUAAGGAGCCAGCCACCGCCACCUUUAGAUCCAAGGAAGUCCAGAAAACCCUCACCCUGUCACCAAGGGGAUGCUGAUUUCCAACCAAAAACUCCAGUUUCCACCCCCCAGCAUUCCAGAUCUACCAGCCCUCUGGAUCAGCCUCUUCUCCAAGAAAGGUUCCAGCCUUGUUCUCAGUCCACGUGGAAGAAGAUCCAUGAGAGGGUAUGCAGCCUUCUGCCAUCCCACAGAGCUCACCCAAAGGAAAAUUUCAUCUCUGAAACAAAGUAUAUCAAUGAAAGACCAAGCUACCCCCUGAAGAAAUACCCACUGCGUGAACAGAGAUAUUUUUAACCACUAUCUCAUGGGAACAUGAAUGAAACCUGAAGAAGGAUGAAGGCCUCUGUCAUCGAGACAUUGACACAUCCCUGGAGAAGUGAACAGCAUUCUUUGUGGUCUGGGUUGAGUUACUGGUGCCUAUCCCCCAUUAAAUCAAACCUUAUACUCAGUCUUUUGUGCCCAAGGUAAGAAUUGUUGAUUAAAUUCUGUUUGGGGCUCUCAUUCACACUUGUCACGUGGAGAAUUUGUAUUUGUUUUGAGCAUGAAAAAUAGGAAACAUAAUAGAAGUGUGUCAGGGGCUUUUCCAUUUGGGAAGCAUUUUUAAAAAUUGUAACGAAAUAUGUUGUGGGAUAUUUAUACACUGUGUAAAAAUAUAUUGUGGGAUAUUUGUACACCAUGUGAAAACAUAUUACUGUGAUUAGUUUAAAAAAAAAGAGUUGAAUGACCAAUAGCUAGAUGGAGGUAUAGGCAGGACUUCCGGGCAGAGAAGAAGUUGGAGGAGAAAAUCAAGGUGCAGGGAGAUGCCAAUGAGACAUGGAGGGAGUCAGACGUACAGAAUGAAAGGUAAAACAUAGCACUCAGGAGGCAGAGCCAGGUGGAUCUCUGUGAGUUCAAGGCCAGCCUGGUCUACAGAGCGAGAUCCAGGACAGGAACCAAAACUACACAGAGAAACCUGUCUCAAAAAAACCAAAAAAAAAAAAAAAAGCCUAAGCUAUAAGCUGAACUGAACUUUGAUAAUUAAUAAUGAGUCUCCAUGUCAUUAUUUGGAGCUGGCUGGCAGGACAGAGAAAGACUCAUUACAAAAAUAUAUAAAAAAUUGUAACAAAAAUGUCUUACAUGAGCCAGGGAGUUGGAUAUUUAUGAAAACAACUGGAUAAAUUAACUGGUAAAAGACCUGCAACCUGAUUGUCUCUUUUUGAUAAAUCUGAUUUUUGUGUUUCACUUUUUUGUGUGUUAGGCUUAAAUGGUAUCAGGUCCCUUAAAGCCCAAGAAAAAGAAUAUUAACAUCUGAAGAGUUCAGGUCUCAUUUUAAAGCUUAACUUUCUAAGAUGAAUUUUCGAGAGGAGCUAAUUUCUGUAGUUUAAAUCAUUCCCUCUCCCUUUCGCCUCCUCCCAAAAAUUCUUAAUAAAUAUAGAUCAGAAACAAAAUGUUCCACAAGCAUUUUCCUAAGAGAACUGCUUUAAGUAAAUAGAUUCCACAAAGCGUGCCACCCAACCAGACUUCGAGUUCAUCUGUAGGAGCCCUUAUGAAAUGCUUAGGCAGUCUAGGGGAACAGGAAGAGGAAGAAGCUGGAAGGGGGCUGUAGGCAUGCUGUCUUCCUUUUGCCCUCUUACUACUUUUGCAUCCUCUUCUACCUCAUCUGCUGCAGUCUGAAUGCUCGGGUCUCCUUGAAAUCCUAACUCAAAAGGUGAUACCAUUAGGAAAUGGAGCUUUGCGGGAGUUGAGGGUAGAGCCCCAUGGAUGAGGCUGUAAAAUGGGCCACAGAACGUUACCCCUCCUAACACACGAGGACACACACAAUAAGGUGAACCAAAGCAAAGGCUUUACCAGAUUUCAAAUAGGCUAGCACCUUGACCUUGGACAUCUUGGCCUCUAGAACUAUGAGAAACAACUUUCUUUUGUUUAUAAGCUAUACCUAGUUUAUGGAGUCUUGUCCUACCAUCCCCAAAAGUACACUAAAAACCUUUUAGUUAAGACAUGUGGGAGCUGAGUUUGGUUUUGCUUUUCUUUUUGCCAUAAGAAAUUGGUUUUCAAAGGUAAAUUAGGAAUAAAUAAAUAUUAAAACAAACAAAAAAAGAUACUCCUGAAACAAAACUCAUUUGUCCUCUCAGAAUUUCAGCCAAGUAAGGGUACAUUCCACCUUUGGAAGUCUAAGUUAUGUGUCCUUUUAAAUGGUCACAGGGUCUCUGUAACAGGUCAGUUUGUUAUUUUGAUGUGAAUUUUAAGUAGUCAUCAGAAAUAGAAGCUACUAAAACUAAAACUGUGUCAUGAUAAGGUUUCAGUCUAGUUCUCAGAAGAGGGCCACCUGCGUGGUACAAGUCAGCCCUGAUGAGUUUGCAUCAAUUUCAGUUGUUAAAAUAUAUGUCGACACAUUCAGUAUUGAUUUUAAAAAACACUUAUUUUUCCUAAUUGUGUAUCUAUAUGUGGCUGUGUGCACAUGAGUGCAGGUGCCUGCUGUGGUCACAGGUGUCUGAUCCCCCUGGAGCUGGAGUUUCUGGCAGUUGUGAGCUGCUAAAGAUGAGAACUAGGAAUCAAACUUGGGUCCUCUGCAGAGACAUCAAGUGCUCUUAACUGCUCAGCCAUCUCUGCCUCUGGUUGUAACACGAAUUGGUAAAUGGUCUUGUUAAUAAAAAACCCAGAGCCAGAUAUUGGGGUGUAGAUGUAACCAACGGUCUUAUUAAAUAAGAAACACAGAGCUGAUUCAGAGAAGAAAGCCAAGAGGUCAGAGCUAAGAGCCUCACCCUUCCUGAUUCAGGGAUCCUCUUCAGCCAAGAGAGCUCUCCGAAAAAAGGGGACCUACUUCCUGUGUGUGUCUUUAUAUAGUCUAGCUGUUCUGCCUUCUCAUUGGUUGUAAACCCAAACAUGUGACUGCCUCGUCACUGCCUGAAUGUACCGCCCUCCAGGUCCUUAAAGGCAUGCGCCACCGCCGCCACGCACUUGCUAUGGCUCUCAUAGCUCUGACCCCCAGACAACUUUAUUUAUUAACAUACAAUUAAAAUCACAUUUCAGUACAAGUAAAAUACCACCACAUUGGGGUAAAAGCUGAAAGAUCAGAGAAACAGAACAAGCCACAACCAACCUUACCUUAUCAACUCCUCAGCCUCCAGAGAGACUUCCUGUUUACUCAGGCCUUAUAUACCUUUCUGUGCCCUGCCAUCUUCCUUCCUUCCUAGUGCUGGGAUUAAAGGGUGUGUGCUUCCCAAAUACUUGGUAGCAAAGGCACGAGAUCUCAAAUGCUGGGAUUAAAGGUGUGUGUCACCAUGCCUGGCUCUGUUUCCAGUGUGGCCUUGAACUCACUGAGACCCAGACAAUCUCUGCCUCCUGAGUGACAGGAUUAAGGGUGUGUGCCACCACUGCCUGGCCUCUAUGUCUAAUCUAGUGGCUGGCUCUGUCUUCUGAUCCCUAGAUAAAUUUAUUAGGGUACACAACAUAUUGGGGUACACAAUAUAUCACCACAUCUGGUGUUCCUUUUUUGGGGGGAGGGGAGCUCAAUCAUGAUUUCUUAAUUUAAUAAGAGUAUAAAUGCUCAUUUUUAUAUGUUUUUCUCAACAAGUUAAACCCCUUUCUUAUUUUUUAAAUUAUUUUAAUUUUUUAUUUUUCAAGGAACUAUUUAAGCUUUGAGGAGCUCUAUCGAGGCAAGGAUUGAACUUCAGGUAUCUUGCUUUUGGAGUCUAUGAUAGCACAGAUCAUUUGGGGGUUUGGUUUGCUAUGAGGAGAACUGUAUCAUUGUGGUGGUUUGGAUAAAAAUGGCCCCUGUAGGCUCAUAUCUUACAUGCUUAGUCACCAGGGAGUGGCACUAUUCGAAAUGAUUAGGAAGACUAAGAGGCGUGGCCUUGUUGGAGGAAGCAUGUCACGGGGAGGUGGGCUUUGAGGUUUCAAAAGCCCAUGCCAAGCCCAGUGUCUCUCUCUCUCUUCGCCUGUGAAUCAGGUUGUAGCUCUCAGCCACUGCUCCAGCUCAUUGUGUGUUGAUGCUCCCACCCUGAUGACUCCUGAAAUUGUAAGCAAGCCCCCAUAUUAAAUGUUUUCUUUUAUAAGAGUUGCCUUGGUCAUGGUGUCUCUUCACAGCAAUAGAAGAUUGACUAGAACAUUAAACAUAAUGAAAAAGAA